AGUCGUUUCCAGUUUAUCAGUGAAUGUGGUCAUGUCGCUAUUCUCGUAGAUUGCCCAAAAGUGUUUUAUGGUGUGUGUGUGUGUGUUUUUUUUUCGUUCGCACUCUGUCGCUUGUUGCGGUUCUUUAAAAGACUAACGAAAAAAAUAUUCUUAUAUCUUGGCACCCGCUAUGUGACUGCGGCACAUACAUUCACUUUGUGUUUGUUCAUAACUGUAGCCGCAGUCGAAAUUAACUUUUUUCGUUCUUUCGUUCUUUCUUUCUUUUUUUCGUAAAUCCGAAACGUUUUUUUUUUCAACAUCCAAAAAUAAAUAUGAAAAUAAUAAGGCUAUCAUCAUUGCAAGACACAAAAUGGUUAUAGUUUAUUUUUUUUAUCAACGAAUUUAAAUGGAAAAGUUCAAAAGAAGAUAUGAAUUGUAUGUGCUGCGUCGCGUUUGUUCUCUCUGUGUGUGUAUGAGCUAAGUUUAAAAAAUUGGUUGGUUCUGUGUUCGAAGGAAGUGAGAGAGAGAGAGAGCGAGAUGUACGUAGCGUGUUGAUGACGCACACGCAAGGUCGUCGCGUACAAAUUUAGCUAUAUAACUGAAGGUCGUUCAUUGGACGAUCACAUGACUUGACUCUCUCCAUUCUUUGUUAGUCGUUUUCUCAUUCUCUCGCGUCGCACUUUACGUUGUUUUGUUGCCGCUUGCACACACAGAGCAAGCAUACACAGCUUGUCAUGUAAGCGGUGUGCCUGUUCUCCGCUUGUUCGUUCGCUCGCUCUCACUGCAUACAGACACACACACACACACUCAACCACCAAAUACCGGUUAUUUGUGCGCUCGUAUUUUCAUUUCAACCAAAACUAUAUAUAUACAUAUGAAACUGUGUAUGGUGAGCGCUCUCUAUGCGAAACAAAUGCGUUCACUGUUGCUAUUUACUGCUGUUGCUGUAAACCAAUACCAUCGUUAUGUUCAUUUUCGCACUAUUCGAUAUUUCGUUUUGAGUAGUAACCGUUUGCGUUCGAAACCAAGACCGCACUAUCUCUCUCAUUCGUUUGCCCUGUUGCUCAUUAAACUCAAUCGUUUUUGAUCCACUAAAUUAAUAGUGAAAUACAAAGUUGAUACAUACAAUCACCGAAAAGGUCAUUUUUAAUGAGAAAAACGUUCGAAAAACCAGUAGACAAUUUGACGCUCUUCACCAACAAGACACAAAACCGACAGAAUAAAGGAAAAAAACGAAACGAGCGAUCUUUUUAAACGACAAUUUAUUCGAUCGUUUAGCCGUAAUAUUAACAAAGUAAUUGCGUCAAGAAUAUAUCGUUGAAUCGUUCAGUUUCGUGUCCAGUCAAUAAAUUUUGUGCCAUGGCACACUUGACUUAAAUGUAGCAACCAUAUUUUAACUCGUCCACAUUUUCGAUCGAAGUGAACCUGAUUCUUGGAAAUGUUAAUUUGACGCAUAUUCACGUUCAAUGUGCAGAUGUGUGAACAAGCCAAAGUGAAUCAUUUCGUGAACUCAAUUAUAUGCCAUUUUUAUCGUAUGUUUGCCUACCUCUUCGGCUUUCGAUAGCCGACAAAUUUAUUGAUGCGAACAAAUUUCGAGGUAUUUAACAUGAUUCAUAUGCAUAAAAUUCGGAAUGUAUUUUUUUGCAUGCAAAUCUACUUGAAUUUAUGACUUUCACAUGGAUUGAAUGCGAAAAACAAGACAACGAAUCGUCGUCAACGAUCAGGAAAAUGUUUUUGAUUUAAAAUACGAUUGCGCGCGUGUAUGAGUGCCAACUAGACAUGAGCAUGAGAAUCCAAACGAAAAUAAAAACCGUGAUAGUGAGACCAACCAUCAGCAUAUAAAUUGUGAUAACGCUCAAGUAAUUUGUUCUUCGCGUGUGUUUGCGAUAAGGAUUUCUAUUCUCUUCUAAUUCCCAUCCGUACGCUCUUUUUUGUCGCGUGUAAUUUAAAAAUCAGCCUACUACGCACCGAUAAGCUACCGUAUUUGUAACUACGCUUGCGAUUUGCCUUACGUGUGUGAUGCGUGUAACCUGUGAUGUUGCAUAUGGAUCAUCCCAAUUUAGUGAGAUCGAUGAACGAAACUCAAUUGAAUCGAAUAAUUCGCGUGUGAAACACAUUGAAGCAAAUAAAAAAUGUCUACAUCGGGUGGAGGUUGUUCGAGUGAUUUAAGCGGCAUUCGCCCAAAUAUAUCGGUCACAAGUAUCAAUUGUCCAUCGUUGGCUGUCAACAGUAUUGAUCUAAGCAAUGAAAAAACGACAAAUGCAAAUAGUCUAUCGAAUAGUAGUGAAGCGCAGCACAAUGUGAACAGUAAAUCGAAUAGUUUUUGUAAUAGCUUAGUAAGCGAUGCAUCACCUUCACCAGCAUCGGUACAUCAGCAGCAGCAGCAGUUGAAUAAUAAUCCGCAUUUUUAUGGAAACGGUAGCAUUCGAAUUGCCGUGCCAAAAAUGGAAGAAUCCGAUGAAUCUGAGACUGAACUAUCGCAAAUUGAGAAUGCAGCAACGACCAGCACGACAACAGCACCAACGGCGGUAAGCAUGCGGGCGAGUAACAAUAACAAGAGUACACCACGGCCGAUGUCAUGGGAGGGCGAACUGUCCGAAAAUGAGGAUCAAAUGGAAACCGAUGCAAACUCAAAACCACCACCACCACCACCACCAACAACAACCACAAAUAACAACGAAGUGGCAAUGAAUGCCAUUUCGUAUGCAACAAAUGGAAAUGCCGACAAAUCAAUUGUGAAACCUCGUGCGGUCAUCACAUCGGAGCUAAAUGACAAUACGGAGAAAAUGAUUGAUUUGGAUACAAAAGUUAAAAUUAAACCGGAAUACAAUAGUUUGGCUCCGAACACGACGACGACGACGACCACGACGACAACGCCCGAUGCAAAUCAUGCGAUGAUUACAAUGGAUGCAAAUAAACGCUUUCCAUUUGACAUGUCCAAUAUGAAAUUCGAAACGAAUUUGCAGUCGCAACACAUUGCCAAUCAGUUUGCAACACAACAAUCGACCCAGCAGCAGCAGCAGCAGCAGCAGCAGAAUGAUAUCAAUUCGUCCACAUCGAUGAUGCGAUCGAAAGCAAACAAUAUUUUACCGACAAAUCCGAGCCCCGAUUCAGCUAUUCAUUCGGUGUAUACCCAUAGUUCACCGAGCCAAUCACCAUUAACGUCACGCCACACACCGUACACACCGUCAUUGAGCCGAAACAAUAGCGAUGCCUCGUACAGCAGUUGCUAUUCGUACAGUUCGGAGUUUAGUCCAACGCAUUCGCCAAUUCAAGGCCGACACAAUAUGUAUGCCGGUGGCAAUUUCAAUGGAUCCCCAUUGCAUCACUCAGUAUUGUACAAACCGAUGAUGGACGGAAAUGACAACGCCAAGACCUUACAGCAUCAACAGUCAAACGAAGAAAAUAUCCUGGAACCCGAAAUCAUUCCAUCGGCUGGCAUCUCACGACAGCAACUCAUUAACAGUCCAUGCCCGAUUUGCGGUGAUAAAAUCUCCGGUUUCCAUUAUGGCAUCUUCUCGUGUGAAUCGUGCAAAGGAUUUUUCAAACGAACCGUUCAAAAUCGAAAGAAUUACGUUUGCUUGCGCGGCGGACCCUGUCCCAUAUCGAUUGCAACGCGGAAAAAGUGCCCGGCGUGCCGGUUUGAGAAGUGCUUACAACGUGGAAUGAAAUUGGAGGCAAUUCGCGAAGAUCGCACCCGCGGCGGUCGUUCAACAUAUCAAUGCUCGUACACUUUGCCAAUGCUCAGUCCAUCGCUGGUUGAUGGCACUUUGUUAAUUUCCAACAACCGAACGAAGGCAUCCAACCAACAAGACAAUCUGACCGGCAUUGGCAGUGCAUCCAAUCAACAGACCAUUCCCACAUUGCUGCAAGAAAUUAUGGACGUUGAACACCUAUGGAAGUUUAGCGAAGCCGAAAUAAAUAAACUGAAUCAAAAUCAAUUGUCUAUGAAUGAGAUCAGUCGAAAUGAUGGUGCUGGCACAUCAUCGGCCACAUUGGCCACGAACCCAUUAUUGGCUGGCCUCGCCAAUAGCGAAGACACCAGUCCCGAUUUAAUUGCAAAUCUCUGCAACGUUGCAGAUCAUCGACUCUAUAAAAUUGUAAAAUGGUGCAAAAGUUUGCCAUUGUUCAAGAAUAUCUCGAUUGACGAUCAAAUUUGUUUGUUAAUCAAUUCGUGGUGCGAACUCUUGCUUUUCUCGUGCUGCUUCCGAUCGAUUUCGUCACCUGGCGAAAUUCGCAUCUCGCAAGGCAAAUCAAUCAACUUGGAACAGGCCAGAUCUAGUGGUCUUCAGGCUUGCAUUGAACGAAUGUUGAAUCUAACGGACCACUUGAGACGACUUCGUGUUGAUAAGUACGAGUAUGUGGCAAUGAAAGUGAUUGUUCUUCUUCAAUCAGACACAUCUGAUUUAAGAGAAACAGAACAAGUACGCGGAUGCCAAGAAAAAGCAUUGCAUGCACUGCAAACCUACACGUUAGCCCAUUAUCCUGAUGCGCCAUCAAAGUUUGGUGAACUACUUUUGCGAAUACCCGAAUUGCAACGAACUUGUCAGGUCGGCAAAGAAAUGUUGACAAUCAAAUCAAAGGACGGUGCCGAGUUCAAUCUUCUGCUGGAAUUGCUGCGCGGUGAACAUUGACCAUGUUCAAUCAGUUAAAUGCAACAAACAUAAUCCCUGUGUUGGACAUUUGUAAAUAUAAAAUGCAGUCAAUGAAAGAGACUGUUCAACGAUUUAGCGUUGCACAUUCAUGUAUUGAAUCAACCGGAUCUAUCCGCCAUUUCAUCUCCCAAAUCGCUGCACAAGUCCUUGGCCAAUGUUCUUGAUUAAAUUUUCAACCCGAAGACAACGAGUACUGAUUUAAUACUCAAAACCCGCACAAAACUGCCAGUUGCAUCCCAAAACAUGAAUUUAAAUCCUUUCAACUCGAAUUGCCUUGCUUGAAACGUCAUUUUUACAGUUUUACCCUAGCUUUUUUGUACUUUGAUGCUAAAUUUGCUAAAUUUUGAUAAUGUGAAUUUUUUUUCCACAGAAUUUGUUACACAAAAAAAAACGAUUUGUAAACAAAAUACAAAAUUGUAUUUAAAUUUCGAAAAAAAAGACUUGAAGCGCCAUUUAUUUGACAAGUAAUCAAGAGAGCAUGCCAAAUGAAAUUCAAGCCAAUCGGAAGAGACAAAAAAAAACAAAGGGAAUUUAAUUUAAUACAGGCCUUACGAAUGAUUGCAAUAUGAGCUAUUUUGAAUCGUUAUCAUAAUGUAAAGAAAAAGAAGAAGAAAAAAAGAAGAAUAUUUUGUUUACGUACAAUAGUGGAAAAAUGAGCGACAAAGAGGAAACAGAAACUGAUCGAAACGACAUCAAAUAGCAAUAACAAUGUUUGAAAUUGAAACGUGAUUUGAACGUCUUAUGAUUUAAGGUAUCAUUUUUCGCUGAAUUGAACGACGCGAUCUUAUUGUAAAUACUGAAGAAAAAUUGAUUUUCGAAUGAAAAUUGUAAAGAGAGACGAAAAAAAUUGAGAAUGUCAUUCUACGAGUUAGAUUCCGUGAUAAAAUCAUGAAAAAAUUCAAUUUUUUUAUUUUCAUUUCGUUUAAAAAAAAAACCGAAAUGUUUUUGCUUUGAGGUUUCAUAAACACACACACACACAUACCAACAAGUGUCAUCAAUGGAAAAUGAAAUCGAUUUUAUAUAAAAAAUAAUAAUUGCGAAUUGAAUAACUGUUGUGCCUUUAAUAAGUACCAUUUGGUAUAUAAUAACGGAGAAAAAAUAAAUAAAAAUACUUAUAAAAGA